UAUAGGUGCAAAGCGAUCAACAUGGUGCAUGUGCAGCUUUUUAAGAUAGUCUGUCUAACAUUGAUGUGCUUGCCCAGCACCUGUUCUCAGUCAUUAUAUGAAAAUGAUUAUAGGCAAUAUCAAACUUUUAACAGAGAGAGCAGAGACUGUUCCCUUCAUUAUUCACUUGAUAUUACGAGGGUUCUUCAUAAAAAGACAGGGUUUAAUUUGAAAGAAUGCAACGGCAGACACAAUGACAUUUUAGAUGCCUACAAUAUCUUGAUGGGGAUGUAUAAUCAAGGACUCAAACCUAAUGAUUCUAAUAUUGCGGAAAUUUGUGUUCGAUAUCCGAAUCUUGUUGUUGGAAGUUCCAGUGAUUGUCACAGAUUCUAUGAUUGUUCCAAACGGAGCAGUUUAUACCACUUGAUGUCAAAUUGGAAGACACCAUAUCUUCACGAGUGUCCUUACCCUUUUAUGUUUUCAGAGGAAACACUACAAUGUGAAAAUUACACAGAGGUCGUUUGUGGGACACGCUAUGAGCCAAAAUGGGAAUGCAGGUAUUUCUAUCACCUAUGCAAACUUGCUCACUGCAAACCAUGCGAAUAUCGUUUCCCAAAAUGCGAAAACAGAGAAAAUGGAUUGUGGGCCCAACCAAUGAAAGGGAAUCUCAGUUCAUUUUACAUGAUUUGCCUGAACAGGAGGACUAUAAAGACCGGGGAUUGUCCAAAAGAUAAAGAGUGGAAUGAAUAUACCUACGUGUACAAAGGUCAAUGUGUUCAUCGUUAUGCUAUACCUUCCGAAUAUAAUUCCUUUGGUUAUCUGCCAUCAUGCAAUGGAAAAACAGAUGGAAAUUAUCAAUAUCAUCAAAGAUGUGAUGCUUAUUAUAAAUGUGAGGAUGGUGUAGCUUCUGCAGUUAAAUGUCCCAAUGGUACUGUAUUUGAUGCUAUAAAGAGGUCUUGUGAAAACGAAGGGUCAUGUCCAUCAGUACCAUAAUUUAAAUUUAAUAGCAAUAUUUAUGCACUAUCCGUUUUCUACGAACCAUUUAUUUAAUCUAGUAAUUAUGUUGGAAACAAAGUCUUUUAUUGCUUGAUAUUUAUUUUUGUUAUCAUUGCACUAUGCUUGCUUGCUUGCAUAAUCAUUUAACUUCAACUUUACAUCCCGUUAUUGCGUCUUUUUUUUAGCUUUUCGAUUUGAUCACACUUGUGUCUUCUUGUUUCAAUCUUUAUGAAAACCUUUCUCUGCCAGGUGACUUGAUUUUUUUCCAUGCAGGUUCCAUAAUUAAGAGUGACUGUCGGUUGAUAGAAUGUCUCAGCUUGCUUAAUAUGUAAUUAAUCGCCAUUUCUUUUCUUCCGAAUUUGAAGAUCUAUCGGAUGUUGAUUUGUGGUUUUUCUUCUCAGGCCUACUUGGUGUUAAGGAUUCGCAUCAAACAACUGUUGAUCGGGACCCAUAGUGUCCUUGUGGGCCUUUUAGUUGCUAUCGAUCUAUUGAAGCCGAAAUCGACUCGUAACAGGCAUUGUCCACCAUAGUACACUUUCAUCGCCGCUUUUUCUUACAGUCGAUUAUAUAAGCCACAGACAUCUUUAAGUUAAACAGUUAGAGCAUUUAUUGUAGAUGUCUCAACUCUACUACGGCGAGAAAAAGUGAAUAAAUUCGAUUGUGCAAUUAAGAAUUUCGUUUGAACGAUUCUGAAAAUCGUUUGUACAAUUACAAAACAUUUUUUUACGAUUUUGAAUUUUUUUGUGUGCAAUAUAAUGUAAAAUAUAUGUUUAAUCAUUCAAUUAUAUCAUUAUUUUGAACACAUGAAAUAAGAAUUAGCUAGCAAGAUUGUAUAGUCCUUAAAAGUACAAGACCAACUCGAAACACUUGUAAAUUGUACACACAAUAUGUACAUGUAUGUAGGCUUCACUUGGAACAAAUGUACACACGAAUUUUUACAUCGGUUCAAACGAUCCUCUAAAGCGUCACACCUCCCGUUACGUUUUCGUGUUGAAAUUAUUAAAUUUCACGCACGUCUCUGUUGUUAAGAGAUAGUAAAAUCAAACACACAUGUUAAUGCAUUAUUUUCAAACAAAACGUGCUCAUAAGACAACGAUUAAACGGACAAAAUCUAAGACUUUGAGAGAAUACAUAUAUUCAACACGUCAGCUACGAGCUUUAGGUGUUUCACCGAAUGUGAUGAAAUCGAAAGUUGUAUAUUCGCAUAUGCCGGUGCUUAUUAAUGAGUUGUGUUCAUCUUUUUGCUAUAUGCCUUUUACAGUCCUAAUUUACUUUUCAGUAUCAUGCUCAACUUAUAUCAUUUAACAAGUUGGAUUUUGUUCUGGCUCUUUUUUUAAUCCUGGUUUUGGUUUUUGUAUGCCUUUUUGUUGAUAUGAUAAACAUCAUUUUAUUUCUUGUGAUUUACAAAUAUGCAACCCUAAUUUGAAUAUAAUUAUAUAUAUUUCAAGAGAAUUUAACAUAGAAAUAUUUUUUUAUGAAAGGGAAUAUUCACUACCAUAA